AUGGCUGCUUUGGUCGGCCCCGGUUUUCCCAGCCUGCGUGUGGGGAACCUCCGGCGGCAGAGGAUGGCCUCAGCCCUCCCGCUGCUGCUGCUCUGGGUGUUUGCCCCCAUGGUGGUCCCGGAGGUGUUUGGCCCCGGAGAUGGUACAGAGGACCUCAAGGCUCUGCAGGUCUCCAUCCCACGCCACCCAGCCCUCGACGCCGUGCUGGCAGGCGACAUCACCAUUCCCUGCCUCAUCACCUACCUCGGCCCCCAGCCCACCGCUGGCACGGCCGGCCGCCGGGCAGUCCUGGGAACCCCCCGGGUCAAGUGGACCUUCAUCUCUGAGGGCAGGGAGGUGGAGAUCUUGGUAGCCCGGGGGGACAGGGUGAAGGUGAGCGAGGACUAUCGCCUCCGUGCCUCCCUGCCCAUCUUCCACCAGCGCUACACCAAUGCCUCUCUGCUGCUCACCGAGCUGCGGCCCAACGACUCGGGGAUCUACCGCUGCGACGUGCAGCACGGCAUCGAGGACGGCCACGAUAUCCUUGAUGUCAAAGUCAAAGGAGUGGUGUUUCACUACCGGGAGGGCUCCAUGCGCUAUGCCUACACCUUCGCCGAGGCGCUGGAAGCUUGCGCCAGGAUCGGUGCCCGCAUCGCCACCCCCGAGCAGCUGUAUGCUGCCUACCUCGGCGGCUACGAGCAGUGCGAUGCCGGCUGGAUUGCUGACCAGACCGUCAGGUACCCCAUCCACACGCCCCGCGAGGCCUGCUAUGGAGACAUGAACGGCUUCCCCGGGGUGAGGAACUACGGGGUGGUGGACCCGGAGGACAUGUACGACGUGUACUGCUACGCCGAGGACCUCCCAGGGGAGAUCUUUUUGGAGACAGCCCCAGACAAAUUCACACUGGAGGAGGCGGUGGCACGUUGCCGGGCGCUGGGUGCGGAGCUGGCAAGCACGGGGCAGCUCUACGCAGCUUGGAGCGCAGGGCUGGACGCCUGUAGUCCCGGCUGGCUGGCCGACGGCAGUGUCCGCUACCCCAUCGUCACCCCCCGAGAACGCUGCGGCGGGGCCCUGCCGGGUGUCAAAACCAUCUUCCUCUUCCGCAACCAGACAGGAUUUCCCGAUGCCCAGAGCAGAUACGAUGCGUACUGCUUUCGAGAAGGGACAAACUCUUUCCCUGAGGCUGCAGGAAAAUACCAAGCCAGAGAGCCCGAGGGCUUCCAGGAGAUUGUUACAGUGGCAGAAAAGCUGGAGGAGCUGCAGCUGCCCAAAGCGCAAGUGGAGAUUGAGUCACGAGGGGCUAUAUACGCCGUCCCUUUCUUUAAGGACGCUGAGCUGGAAAAGCCGAGCCUGUCCCCUGAAGACGCACCUGGGCCAGGGGCCCGGCACCCCCCGCUAGAUACCUCCGUGUCCUCAGGUCACCCAACCUCUGCCACCCCUUUCCCCAUGGCCCCGGCCAUUCCCGAGGCAGGCAUCCCGCUUAGUUGUGGUGCAAAACCGGGGAGCUCAUCCCCCACGGAGGAGGAUGGGACAACAGGGACAGUUGGGCAGUGCACAGCGGCCGGGCACGAGCUGUCCGGCAAGGAGGAGGAACAGGGAGCAGCGCUGGGCAGGGACCCCGGCAGCAUAUCAGCAGAGAGCCUGGACGGAGGGCAAGACCGCAGCCAGCCCAUGGAGCCGGAUGAAGCUGCCAGCACGGAGAUUCUCUCCGUGGCCCCACGGGUGGGCACAGAGGAACUCACCGGUACCCCAUCCCCGGCGGGGGCCACGGAAGGUGACAUGGAGCCUCCUGAGGGGUUUCCCCGGCCGCCCAGUCCCACUGCCUCCACACGCCGCCCCGACCGCCCGUGGGAUGCCAUGGGGCGGCCAGCCCACACAGCCAGCCCUGGGGCACCUGGGCACCGGGUGACAUUGCCAACCAGUGCCACUUCUGCCACCUCAUCAGAUAGCCGAGAUUCUGGUGGGAUGUCCCCAGGUGGGCACAAGUCCGGCGGGGUGAGUACCCCCAUCCCCACCGCUGAAGACACUGAGAUCUCGGGAGACGUGGUCGAAAGCCUCGGGGCGUCCCCGCUGCCCCCUGCGCCCUCGCAGCCACAGGAGGAGGGAGAAGAGCAGUCGGGGGCCCUGUGGCUCCCCUCACCCACGACCCUGGGGGACGGGAGCACUGUCCCCACGGCGGAGGUGACGGCGGUCACACCAUGGCACACGGAAGUGCCUGGCAGCAGCAGCGUGCCGGCCACGGGAGGUGAGGAGGCUGUGCCGCGACCCCCGAGCACUGACCAUGGGAUGCCUGCUGCAUCUUUGGAAGAGGAGGAGGAGGAGGAAGAGGAGGAAGACCAACCCGCUCCCUCUGUUGCAACCGUGGAGGGUUUCCUUGCAGCCGUUCCCGGAGAACCAGGUGGCUGCGUCCCCAACCCCUGCCUGAACGGAGGGACCUGCAUGGAGGACAGCGCCCGCAUCGCCUGCCUGUGCCUGCCGGGCUAUGGAGGCAGCAGCUGUGAAAGACUGCUGGAGAAGUGCAGCCCCGGCUGGGACAGCUUCCAGGGAGCCUGCUACAAGCACUUCUCCACCCGGAGGAGCUGGGAGGAUGCGGAGACCCAGUGCAGGCAUUACGGGGGACACCUGGCCACCAUCCUGACCCCCGAAGAGCAGGACUUCAUCAAUGACCAGUACAGGGAGUACCAGUGGAUUGGCUUGAACGACCGGACCAUCGAGGGGGAUUUCCAGUGGUCCGAUGGGAGCCCUUUGCUUUAUGAGAACUGGCACCCUGGGCAGCCCGACAGCUAUUUUCUCUCUGGGGAGAACUGCGUGGUCAUCGUGUGGCAUGAUGGGGGCCAGUGGAGCGAUGUGCCCUGCAACUACCACCUCUCCUACACCUGCAAAAUGGGGCUGGUGCAGUGCGGGCCACCCCCCGCCAUCAGCAAUGCCCACGCCUUCGGCAGACCAAAGCAGCGCUACGAGAUCGGCUCCAUCACGCGGUACCAGUGCCGCCACGGCUUCGUCCCGCGCCGCUCACCCAUCAUCCGGUGCCAGGAGGAUGGGAUGUGGGAGCCGCCCCAGCUGGCCUGCCGCCCCGGCCUGGCUCAGCCCCCUGACGACUGA